GAGUGGGAAAAGCGGCAGAGGAUCCGGACUCAAUAAAAAACGUUUCCAACUCCGACAUGUUGACUGUCCAGCACUCACCGGUGGUGGACCAGUUAGUUGUUGCUUACAAACCAACCCACGCAUAUAUAUAGAACGGUGUGCAAUGCGCAUGGCUUCCUCGUCUAGCACUCUCGCUGCUAAUCUGCGCACAUCGAUCACGCGCCUCCCCUCCAUCCACCGAUCGCCGUCGUGCAUUCCGGCGAGAUCUCAACUAUUCAUCCCUAAACCUCUCGCUUGUUCGUUAAUCAGACCCAGAAGAGUCUCGGGAAUUGGAGCGAAUCCGAAGAAAUUCGAUUGCAGAGCGAAGUUUUCAAUGGCUGAGAAACGCCAAGGGAAAGUAGAUGUGUUCGAUUCGGAGGAAUCUCUGUCGGUUUCUCUGGCCAAAUACACCGCCGAUCUAUCGGAAAAGUUUGCGAAGGAGAGAGGUGCUUUCACCGUUGUUUUGUCUGGAGGUUCUCUGAUCAACUCGCUCAGGAAAUUAGUCGAAGCUCCAUAUAUUGAUUCAGUGGAUUGGUCGAAGUGGCACAUCUUUUGGGUGGAUGAGAGAGUGGUUUCUAAGGAUCAUGAAGAUAGCAAUUAUAAGCUUGCCUACGAUGGUUUUCUAUGUAAGGUACCAAUUACCACCGGUAAUGUCUACGCCAUCAACGAUGCACUGUCAGCAGAGGCUGCAGCUGACGACUAUGAGACCUGUCUCAAACAUUUGGUUAAGAUAAAGACGGUGGAUUUAUCUGAGGCUAGUGGGUUUCCAAAAUUUGAUCUCAUGCUACUGGGUAUGGGCCCGGAUGGACACGUGGCUUCUCUAUUCCCCGGACAUCCCCUUGUCCAUGAGAGCAAGCAGUGGGUGACCUCCAUCAAAGACUCGCCCAAACCACCUCCGGAGAGGAUUACUUUCACCUUUCCAGUAAUCAACUCGUCUGCAAAUAUCGCGCUUGUGGUAGCAGGGGCAGGUAAAGCACACGCGGUGAACGUGGCAUUGGGUAGUGGUCAGAAUUCUGAUUCACUGCUGCCUGUUCAAAUGGUUUCGCCGGAAGGUGAGUUGACAUGGUUUUUGGACAGUGGAGCAGCUUCAAAGCUGUAGAUUUACAGUUGAUCCGUAUCAUAAUAUGGUAUGUCUAUUUUAGUAUUUUGUGAAGUGAUUAGUAAGCUUUUGGAUGUAUUAGAGGGUUUUGCAAUGUUGGUGAUAUAGUUGAUGAACAGCGAGGUUUUUCUUCAUCUAAUGCUGGUGGGUAGAGUAUUUGAAUAAUGUGGGACCCAAAUAAUGUAAUAUAUUUCCCUCUAAAUUCUCCAUAAUGUGAAUUUGAGUUGCAUUUUCUUUCCUGUA